ACAGUGUCUUACUCUCCCUCCCCGACUCCCUCUCUGUUUUAAGUGGAGACUGGAGAGCUCCUAGAGUUUUUGACUAAAAAGGAAAGAAGAGGAGAAACAGCUUCUUCAGUAACAAAAAAUGAGAGCUGAUUUGGACACCCAAAAGAUCUAUUCCGGACUCUUCUUCCUCUGUCUUCUUUCUUUGAAUUGCUUCGGAACUUCAUUCGCAUCCUCAGAAUCGAAACCCAAGCUCACAAGUGCCGAAGUGGAGGCACUGAAGGAGAUUGGGAAGGGAUUAGGGAAAAGAGAUUGGGAUUUCGACGAGGAUCCUUGUGGUGGCGAAGGAAAUUGGAAUGUCCCUGAAACUAUGAAGGGGUUUGCUAGGUCUGUUAUCUGCGACUGCUCCUUCGACAACAACUCCACCUGUCACGUCGUCACCAUAGAAUUAAAAGCCCAGAAUCUGUCCGGACACCUCCCGCCAGAAUUUCAUAAGCUACCCUUCCUCCAACAUCUUGACCUUAGUCGCAACAUUCUCAGUGGUUCUAUACCUUCAAAAUGGGCUACCAUGAGCUUGCUCGACCUCUCUCUUAUGGGAAACCGCCUGUCAGGUUCAUUCCCAAAAGCACUAACAAACAUCACAACCCUCCGAAACCUGAGCAUUGAAGGAAACCGUUUCUCAGGAGUCCUUCCUCCAGAGAUUGGAAACUUAAUCAAUUUACAGAAAUUUGUCAUAUCGUCAAAUAAGUUCACAGGAGAGUUGCCUGUUGCCCUUGCCAAGUUGACCAAUCUCACUGAUCUGAGGAUAAACGACAAUAAUUUCUCUGGAAAGAUACCUGAUUUCAUAAGUAGAUGGAAGCAGAUUGAAAAAUUGCAUAUACAAGGCUGCUCUCUUGAAGGGCCUAUUCCUUCCAGCAUCUCUGCAUUGACGAGCUUAACUGAUCUGAGAAUCAGUGACUUAAAUGGGAGAGGAUCAGAUUUCCCUCCAUUGAGUAGAAUGGAGUCAAUGAAGAUAUUGAUACUGAGAAAAUGUUCAAUUUCUGGAAAUAUUCCUGAAUAUAUUGGUGAUUUGAAAAAGCUGAAAACUUUAGACCUUAGCUUUAACAACUUGUCCGGUGAAAUUCCAGAAUCCUUUUCCAAACUCGGGAAAGCAGAUUUUAUGUACUUAACUGGAAAUAAGCUGACUGGACCAGUACCUGAAUGGAUCCUUGGAAGAAACAAGAAUGUUGACAUCUCUUAUAACAACUUCACAUGGGAAAGCUCAGGUCCAGUUGAAUGUCCUCGAGGAAGCGUAAACUUGGUAGAAAGCUACUCAUCAAUAACAGACAAAUCAAGUAGAAUUCAUACAUGCCUAAAGAAGAACUUCCCCUGUUCUGCUCCUGCAAGUCAACAUCGUUAUAGCUUGCACAUUAACUGUGGAGGAAAGGAAACAAUUAUAAACCACACCAAAUAUGAAGGAGAUCUGGAAGCAAGAGGUGCUUCAAUGUUCUACUCUGGUCAAAACUGGGCAUUUAGUAGCACAGGGAACUUCAUGGAUAAUGAUGUUGAUGGGGAUGUCUACAUUGAAACCAACAAAUCUGCCCUCUCCAAUGUCUCCAUUCUGAGUUUGGAAUUGUACAAAACAGCACGUGUUUCUCCUCUCUCUCUGACCUACUAUGGGCUGUGUCUCAUAGAUGGAAUUUACACUGUGAAACUCCACUUUGCAGAGAUUGUUUUCACAAAUGAUAGUACAUUCAGAAGUCUUGGGAAGCGUAUAUUUGAUGUAUACAUUCAGGACAAAUUGGUCUUAAAAGAUUUCAAUAUUGAAAAUGAGGCUGGUGGACCUGGUAAACCAAUUCAGAGGACCUUUAUUGCAAAUGUGACACAUAGCACUCUGGAGAUCCACUUCUAUUGGGCUGGAAAAGGGACAACUGGAAUCCCAAUUCGAGGAGUCUAUGGUCCUCUCAUAUCAGCUAUAUCAGUGGAACCUAACUUCAAACCACCUUCAGUUGGUAGCAAGAAGAAAUCUGUCAUAGUUGUAGCCAGUGUCUUAGCUUCAGCAGCAUUUCUCAUCUUCUUAGUUUUGGGUAUCCUUUGGAGGAAAGGAUGGUUGGGUGGAAAAGCCUCCAUGGAUAGAGAGCUUAAAGGUAUAGAUCUACAAACAGGAAUAUUCACCCUAAGACAGAUUAAAGCUGCAACCAAGAAUUUUGAUGCUGCAAACAAGAUAGGGGAAGGUGGCUUUGGUUCAGUUUACAAGGGUCUAUUAUCCGAUGGAACAGUAAUUGCAGUGAAACAGCUUUCUUCAAAAUCUAAGCAAGGAACUCGUGAAUUUGUGAAUGAAGUCGGUAUGAUUUCUGCAUUACAACAUCCAAAUCUUGUAAAGCUUUAUGGUUGUUGUGUUGAAGGCAACCAACUAUUGUUGAUUUAUGAAUACAUGGAAAACAAUUGCCUCUCCCGUGCUCUUUUUGGUCAGGGUGCAACUUCUGCAUUGAAAUUGGAUUGGCCAAGUAGACGCAAGAUUUGUAUUGACAUAGCUAGAGGCCUAGCUUAUCUCCAUGAAGAGUCAAUGUUGAAGAUAGUGCAUAGGGACAUUAAGGCUAGCAAUGUGUUGCUUGACAAGUAUCUUAAUGCAAAAAUAUCCGACUUUGGCUUGGCAAAGCUCAAUGAAGGUGAUAAUACCCACAUAAGCACUCGGGUAGCUGGAACAAUAGGUUAUAUGGCUCCUGAAUAUGCAAUGCGUGGUUACUUGACUGAAAAGGCAGAUGUUUAUAGUUUUGGUGUUGUUGCAAUGGAAAUUGUUAGCGGAAAGAGCAACACAAAUUAUAGACCAAAGGAGGAAUUUGUGUAUCUUCUUGACUGGGCCUAUGUUCUGCAAGAGAGAGGAUGCCUGUUGGAAUUGGUUGAUCCAAACUUGGGCUCAGAAUUUUCAACAGAAGAAGCUAUGGUAAUGCUGAACGUGGCUCUCUUGUGCACCAAUGCAUCUCCUACUCUUAGGCCUACCAUGUCUCAAGUAGUCAGCAUGCUUGAAGGUCAAACUGCUGUUCAAGAUCUACUUUCUGAUCCAGGAUUCACAACUGUCAAUUCAAAAUUUAAGGCAAUUAGGAAUCACUUUUGGCAGAAUCCAAGUCAGACACACAGUAUGUCAACAAAUGGUCCAUGUACUAAUUCCUCUGGGUCAAAUAUUGACACAGAGAAUGGGCGUCUUUUAAGGAGUAAAUCACUUGGGUCCUUACCAUAGGUAUUGUAUGAUAUCAUAUAUGUCAAUGCACAUACUAGCGGGAGAAUCCCUUUGUUGUGUGACAGUGUACAGCAUCAAAGUAGAAUAUACACGCUUCAAAUUAUUCUUGAUUUGUGUUAAAUUUAUGGAGUAAAGUUGGGAGGAGAAACAAAGGAGAAGCAUUUUUAA